AUGUCACCUCUCUACACCAAGUCGUGGGCCCCGGCUCAUAAGGAGAUCAUCGACGUCGGUGGAUCGACCCUCGACACUACCUUUGACACUCAGUUGCCCAGCGCCUUCAAGGGAGAGGGCUACUUCCCAAAGGAGGUUGCAUACACUACCGGCAUGCACCAUUGGUGCGAGAUUGCUGAUACCUCAUACCAGACUACGGAUGAACUCAGCAUUAUCAAGUCUACUGCUUCCGAUGUCGUCAAAGACAUUCCAGCUACUGGUGCUGUCAUCAUCGACGUUGGAGCUGCCAACUCCCGAUUAUUCGUUGCCUAUGUCCAAGAUUUCAUCGAGCAGGGCAAGUCUUGUAUCUACAUCGCUCUCGACCUCUGCAAGGAGUCUCUCACCAAUCAUAUCAACAAGUCCGCCGCUGACUUCCCCCAAAUCACCUGCAUUGGCCUGUGGGGUAACUUCAUUCAGGGUGACAAGUACUUCGCUACUCUCCCCAACCCCCGUAUCUUCCUGUCUCUGAGUUCCAUCUUCUUCAAUGCCCCAGAUCAGAUGUGCGUUGAUCGAUGCAAUGAGUUCUCCAAGCAUCUCUCUGGAUCCCGCUACUCUAAGUUGAUUGCGUACGAUGCAUUCUUCAUCUCUUAUCUUCAGGGUAUUCAGGCCCACGCCGAAAUUGACGCCAACCUUCGCAUUGCCUGGACCUACGAGUCAAAGCUUGACAACUCCAUGCACUACUUCAAAGUAGUCGCUCAGCACGACAUGGUUUGUCACCGCUACAGCGACUUGUUCAUUCAGAAGGGCACGGUCUAUACCAUGUUUCCCUCUUGGAAACGUGGAGAGGCCGAGAUCCAUACCAUCGCCAAGGCUCAGGGCCUCGACGUCAAGACUCUCGGCAAGGCUCAGCACUCUGGCAUGCACCAGUACUUGAUCCAGCCUCGCAUUUAA